AUGAAACAAAUAGUAUUUGUAUUGUUUACUGCCUUACGAUUUGCAAACUGCCGACAACAAAAUUGUGGAAGAGAUGCAGAACUCGGUGAACUUCCAUAUCAUGCCUCACUUCAAUUUUAUGACACAAAUGAACAUUUUGCAAGUGCAGCUAUUUUAAAUGCUAGGUGGGUUCUUUCAACAGCUCGAGACCUUGUCGGUCGUUCUGCAGACUCAGUGAAUAUUAUUCUUGGAGCUAUUCAGCAUGACAAACCAAUCAGCAUCCAACGAAGUUCCGAAAUUCGAAUCCAUCCAAUGUACGAUGCUGUUAGAAUGAUGAAUGAUAUAGCAACAAUUCGCGGAAGCUUCGCAAUCAAUUUUCCACCAUUAAUUGAUUCUAUAGCAAUGUCACCAUUUUUUGUUGAUGUUGGAACUCCAACUCAAUUCUCUGGAUGGAAUCCUUUUACGACUGCACAUCCUUCAAUCCUUCAAGUGACUGAUCUUGAAAUUGUUCCAUGCAUUAAUUCCGAUUCAAUGACUUUCACGGGAAAUCAAAUGUGUGCAAAAUUAAUAGGGCAAGAAAAAUCAUUAAUUGAAAGUUGUCGAAGAGAUCCUGGAAGUUUUUUGGUUGCUAAUAAUAUGCUUGUUGGUAUUAAUUUCCAACAUAGUGUUGCGGGUGAAAAUUCAUUGUUUGGCUUUUCAAGAAUUUCAACAUACCGUUCUUGGAUAAUGGGCAACAUUCCAAUAUGA